UGUUUAUUUCCCCUUAGCCCGGCAUCAGUGGAAUGGAUCUUCCCUUUGGGGAUUUCUUUCAAAAUUAUACUUUUGCUGAUCAGUCGCUGACCAGCACGGACCUGUUGGCGAGUAGCACAGACCCAGACUUCAUGUACGAACUGGACAGAGAUAUGACUGGUCGCCAAAGUCCUAGAGUUGAUCACUUCACGGUGGGGGACUGCAAGGAGAUGAUGGAGUGUGGGGAGCACCUCAUGGAGCUGGUGGACAGCGAUCCGGCCUACAGCUCUAACUUUGAGCAGUGGGAUACGUACUGGGAGGACCUGACCAAGUACACCCGUUUCACCAGCUGUGACAUCUGGGGCACCAAGGAGGCAGGCCUGGAUGACUUCUCCAGCCCCUACCAGGACGAGGAGGUGAUUGGCCGGACCCCCACCCUGGCCCAGCUCAACAGCGAGGACUCACAGCCCCCUGUGUGCGACACGCUCUACCACCCUGAUCUGCUGAUAGGGGGCCAGAAGCAGCACACCUCCCUCCACCCACUCUCCCUGAGCAAGAAAACAGCCGCCCGCCCGGGCCCCUCCUCUUCCUGCUCCAACCUGGUCAGGAACCCCCUGGGCGACUUUGCCAAGGGUUCCCAGAAGGCCACCUGGCCUGUCCCGUCCAGCACAGAGACAAUGUCCAAGGCCCAGGGGACCAGCAAGAUGGCCACCCUGGGCUACCACUGCAAUGACUACGUGCGCAAGGCAAAGGUUCGCGUCAGCAUGCCCCACCGGCCCCUAGUCGACAUGCCCUCCCAUCAGGUUGAGGCUGAAAACCACUUCACGUACAGCAGCAAGCCCCCUGAGCUGGCCACCACGUCUGGCUGUGCUGCCCCCGUGGCUGCUCCUGCUACUGCAGCCUCUGCCUCCGCCUCCGCCAGCACCCUGGCCUAUGAGAAGACAGUAGAGCUGCCUCGCCGGGAGAUGCCACCUGCCUCAGUGGGCACGUCUGGAGCUGUGCCCCCCAUACUCCACUACCCUGUAGCUGGGGCUGGUGCCAGCGAGACCCUGCUGACUGCCAGUGGGAGUGACCCAGUCUCUGACAAGAAGAAGGAAGAGGAGCACAACUACUCCUUGUUCCUAACCCGAGCCAGGCUGGCCGGGAAAGCCCUCACUGAGAUGGAGGAAGAGGAGGAGGAAGAGGAGGAGGAGGAAGAGGAGGAGGUGGGGGAGGACGAAGAAGAUGCUGAGGGGGUGGAGCUGGAUGAAGAUCUGGAUGAAGAUCAUGAUGAGGGUUUUGGCAGCGAGCAUGAGCUCUCUGAGAACGAUGAUGAGGAAGAUGAGGAGGAGGACGAUGAUUAUGAGGAGGAUAAAGAUGAGGACAUGAGCGACGCCUUCUCCGAGCCAGGAUGUGACAAUGACGCGGUGGAGGACGUGAAGGGGCUGACGGCAGGGAUCUCCAGGAAGAGGGGCAAGCGCCGCUACUUCUGGGAGUACAGCGAGCAGCUCACCCCCAAGCAGGAACGCUUGCUCAAGCCCUCUGAGUGGGACAGAGAGACCCUGCCCAGCAACAUGUACCAGAGGAACGGCCCACACCAUGGGAAGUACACUCUGAAGAAGUCUCGGCGGACGGACGUGGAGGACUUGACCCCUAACCCUCGGAAGCUGCUGCAGAUCGGGAACGAGCUACGUAAGCUCAACAAAGUGAUCAGUGAUCUGACCCCGGUCAGUGAGCUGCCCCUCACAGCCCGCCCACGCUCCCGCAAGGAGAAGAACAAACUGGCCUCUAGGGCCUGUCGACUGAAGAAGAAAGCUCAGUAUGAGGCCAACAAAGUCAAGCUGUGGGGUCUGGGCACAGAAUACGAUCGGCUUCUGUUUGUCAUCAACACCAUAAAGGAAGAGAUAGUGAACAGAGUGCAGGAUAUCUGCGACGACAAGGGAACUAGCAUGACUGAAACUCUGGACAAACUCAUCGAAGAGACCCUUGUGAAGUCACCAGUUGCCGGGCAGACGUCUGACUUUGUUAACCAGAUCCUAGAGACCACUGGCAAAGGGGAUCCCACUGGAGGACUGGUCGGGCUGCGCGUACCCACGUCUAGAGUGUAGACGUCUGCUGAUGGCACACUCAAAGCCAUUCUUGUCCGACACUGUAACGGCACACCCUCUGCAUGCCCAUUCCAUCCAGGAAUCGCAUCACCAUGCCCUGUGGGAAGACAUACAUACCACGCUCCAAAUGUAUGUAUGUAUGUCUUCAUACUGUGAGCAUGUGCUGAAAUGAAACUUAGUAUCUAUCUCUGCACUUAGUAGUCUGUUACUCGCCAUUUGUGCGCGUGGCUAGUGCACAUGGCUAGUGAGGUUAGGGCCGCAGUGUUUGCGAAUUCAAAGCCACUAUGAAAAAUACCUCCCGAAAUGUUUAUGUUGAAAAAUCAAGCAAAACAGAAUGAUUAUCAGUUCUAGCUGUAGCCAUUUCCUGUAGCGUUCAAACUACCCGUUUCAUGCCUGCGUACCAGGGUGGGAAAGGCAACACAAGAUGCCGUUAUAUUUAGAGUGAGACGACGAGAUGGCACGAGAUAUUUGGUAUUGAAACCUAAAUAUUAACUUGUCAAUCCCAUGUCUUUGUCACCUUACUGAACUGUGCUUCCCAGAUGAAAAACAGCCACUGGGUAUUCCAUAGUGUAUACUGUUGUGGAGGUAUAGGGAACACUUCAUACCUGUUGUGGUCUGCUUUCCCAUUCUAGUACCAUGGCAUUCACAUAGGAGGAGAUGUUACCCAAUACUCUCAACCUGCCAACCACAUUAUAAGGCAACAAAAACACACAAGCACCUGAAAUACUACUAAUAUUAUGAAAAAAGGAAGUCUACUUUGACAGAAUGACGCUAAAAAAUAGGAUACACAGGAAUGCAGUGAGAAAGGUUGUUUUGCGAUUUGGCCUGAUGGUUCUAUAGUCCAUUGUCCUGUGUUUUUGCAGUUGAGAAGAUAUUUCAAAUAGACUUGAGCAGAAGGCCACUAUAUUCCCAUCCUUUGCAUGGGAAGAUUCUUAGUCAUCUGACUAUAAGCUAGAUGAUGUGAUUAUAACCAACCAUUCCCUCUAUCUAUAUACCCUUUGGUUGAAGUCUCUUCAAAUGAUAACACCAUUGGCUUCUUGCAAAGUAGGGAUGAGAGGGCUAAGAGUUUGAAGUUCCUUAGUUUGGUGUGUUCAUAUUUGUAUUUAAUAACAGUACUGUUCAUUGUGCCUUGUAUUUAAAGUGAGAUGAUUACACAAGUGGUUGAAGGAUAGUGGACCAUUUUACACUGAGGGAGAGCAGAACAUGGUGCAGGGAAGGUCAAGGGGUUUGUUAUGUAUUUCUGCUCUUUCAAGAUAUUCUGAAUGUACAUAAGAACAUGGAACAUGUAGAUAUAUGCCACAGAGUCUGUGCAUUGUAUUAUUAGAUGGCUCUGACAAAAAUGUACUUUGGUUAUCGGUACUUGGACUUUGGGGCAGGGGAUGGGAAUGGGAGGGUUAAAAAUAAUAUUCGUAUAGAAUUUGAAAAAUAUUUGCACACUAUAUUUUGAUUGCUUUUUGUACCAAAGACACAUGCAACGCAAACGGCGACUAGCCAGAUAAAGUAAGGUUUUGCACAGCUUACCUGACACCGUAUUGAAU